AUGGGCAAGGAAAACUGUACCAUCGCAACAGAGUUCAUUCUUCUUGGAUUAUCUGAUGUCCCUGAGCUGAGAGUCUUUCUUUUCAUGGUGUUCCUUCUCAUAUAUGGAGUCACAGUUUUGGGAAAUGUGGGCAUGAUUGCACUGAUUCAGGUCAGCUCUCGACUUCACACUCCCAUGUACUUUUUCCUCAGCCACUUGUCCUUUGUUGAUUAUUGCUACUCCACAAUCAUUGUGCCAAAGAUGCUAGCUAAUAUUGUAAACGAAGACAAAGGCAUCUCCUUCCUGGGAUGUGCUGUGCAAUUCUACUUGUUUUGCACGUGUGUGGUAACUGAGGUCUUCCUGCUGGCCGUGAUGGCCUAUGACCGCUUUGUGGCCAUCUGUAACCCACUGCUGUACAUGGUCACCAUGUCCCGGAAUCUCUGUGUGAAGCUGGUGUCUUGCUGCUACCUCGGUGGGACUGUGUGUUCUCUGAUUCACUUGUGUUUAGCUCUUGAGAUCACAUCCUACAGAUCAAAUGUGAUUAACCAUUUCUUUUGUGAUCUGCCCCCUCUCUUAUCUCUUGCUUGCUCUGAUGUCUCUAUGAAUGAACUGCUCCUAUACAUUGUAGCCACUUUCAAUGAGAUCACCACCAUCGUGAUCAUCCUCACCUCCUACUUGUUUAUUCUCAUCACCAUCCUGAGGAUACACUCUGCAGAGGGAAGAUGCAAAGCCUUUUCCACCUGUGCCUCCCACCUCACAGCCAUCAUUGUCUUCCAUGGAACAAUCCUUUUCACUUAUUGCCGGCCCAGUACUGGCAACAGUACAGAUACUGACAAGGUGGCUACAGUGUUCUACACGGUAGUGAUUCCCAUGCUGAACCCCCUGAUCUAUAGUGUGAGGAACAAAGAUGUUAAAGAAGCUCUCAGAAAAGUGGUGGGCUCCAAAAUAUUUUCUCUGAGAAUAUAUUCUUAG